AUGGCAACCCGCUCCUGGUCACCCUCUCCAGCCCACUCCCCUGUUGAUCAGGGACAGCUGGAAUCCCUACUUCCACCAGCCUCCCCUGAGCUUGGCAAAGUCUCUCUCAAGCAGGUUAUCCACCUACUCUGGGGACUCCAAUCACAAGUUGACUGCAUUGACUGGACCCUCUUGGAACAGAAUGAAAUUAAUCAAGAGGUUUGCACCAACGUCAAGAACAUCUUGCAAGCUGUUGAUGUUGUCAAGGAUGGGCUUGCCCAGCUCCAACUCACUCAGGGCUGCACCCAGAGCCAAACCUAUUGGCAAGGCUCAACCAUUCCUUGGGGCCCUGCACCCAUCAUCUCCACAGGGGCCCCCCAGCGCAACCCCCUCUCCUUAUUCAACCCAUAUCCCUCCUCCUCCUUCCCUUUGGGACUGCCUCCAGCAGCCCCUGCAGCACCUCCAGCAGCGCCCCAAGUCACUCUGGCGCCGCCUCCAGCCCCCUCCACUGUGGAAGUGGACCACCCAGAUGCCAUCAAAGGCAAAAUUGGCUUGGAGGCCAAACAAUGGCUGACACGCAUGUUGGCCUGGGUUUGCCUAAAUCAAAGGCAGUUCUCAAUGGACCUGGAGUUCCUAAGUUGCCUCCUCAUGAAUAUGAUGGAGGCUGGCAGGCCUGGGCUCACCCCCAUUUGGACCAAUUAG